UUUGUCGGCAACACAGAUCUUGCAAAAAUGGUGUCUACAAAUACUUCUGACAUCGAAGUGGUUAGGAAUUUUUUGCGCACUCCAGAAAACAUAGAUAUUUCCGAUCUAGUCAAUGCUUUAGGAGUUAUGAAUGUUUCGCUUGAAG